CUAGCCCGGGAGACAGAGCGAGACUCUGUCUCAAAAAAAAAAGAAAAGAAAGAAAAUCUACUCCACAGACAGAGUAGAUGCUGGUUCUCCCUGCCCUGGAUUUAAGCAACAGCUUAACUGUAGGCUAAACAAGGGGAGGAUAUUCCUGUUACUUCUUGGGGAGGGGCGAUGUCUUCCUGGAAUUAGGGUGAUGCCCUCCUUCUGACUAAAUAUGGUCAAACGGGAGGUGUCCUGGCCUCAGGUGCAUGAUGGGAGUGUUGGUCCCUUAGAGACUUUCGAGCUGUUGUGGCGGCAGGUGUGUACAAGCUGCAAGGUGGAGGGGUCCGUCUCCCAGCGUCCUGGUUUUAACAGGUGCGGCGCCCUUCGCCCGCGUCCCCGCCAUGGAGGUGCUGCGGCGCUCCUCGGUCCUGGCCGCCGAGAUCAUGGACGCCUUUGACCGCUCGCCCACCGACAAGGAGCUGGUGGCCCAGGCCAAGGCGCUGGGCAGGGAGUUCGUGCACGCGCGGCUGCUGCGCGCCGGCCUCGCCUGGAGCGCGCCCGAGCGCGCCGCGCUCGUCCCCGGAGGCCGUCUGGCGGAGGUGUGCGCGGUGCUGCUGCGCUUGGGGGACGAGCUGGAGCUGAUCCGGCCCAGCGUGUACCGCAACGUGGCGCGGCAGCUGCACAUCUCCCUGCAGUCCGAGCCCGUGGUGACCGACGCCUUUCUGGCCGUGGCAGGCCACAUCUUCUCUGCAGGCAUCACCUGGGGCAAGGUGGUGUCCCUGUACGCGGUGGCUGCGGGGCUGGCCGUGGACUGCGUGCGGCAGGCCCAGCCGGCCAUGGUCCACGCCCUCGUCGACUGCCUGGGAGAGUUUGUGCGCAAGACCCUGGCGACCUGGCUGCGGAGGCGCGGAGGAUGGACUGACGUCCUCAAGUGCGUGGUCAGCACAGACCCCGGCCUCCGCUCCCACUGGCUGGUGGCCGCGCUCUGCCGCGCCUGCCGCCUUCUGAGGGCCGCCCUCUUCAUGCUGCUGCCGGAGAGAUGAGCCACCGCACAGCGGCCGCCUGGCCUGCCGGGCCCAACACCGGGGCCCUCAGCACCCAGGAAACACCUCCCUCCUCCCCCGAGCCGGGAGCCAGCCGGCCCUGAGCCCCGCCCUGAGCCCCGUCCCCGCAGACCCGGGCCUCUGGGCGGGUGAGUGGGGACGGGCUCCACGGAGCCAGCCUGCGGCCCCUCCCUCACACCCGUCUCCUGGGUCCCCGUGUCUUCCCUUUCUUCCGGGACAAGAGAGCCAGGGUCAGCUCCCAGGCCCAAAGGAGCACACGCGCUCACCUGGUGCCCUGGGUCCCCUCCCAGGAGCGGGCCGUCUCAGGACGGGCAUCUUCAUGGGCCCUGCACGUCCAGUCUGAAGGUGACUCUGGUCUGGCCAAAGCUGGAGAAGCCGCGGGGACUUCCUGACCCCGUAAACGGAGCAGAAGGCUCAGGUGCUGGCUGCGUGAUCCAUCUCCGGAGGGACAGUGUGUCCCCUGCCUGUGGCAGGGCCUUGUAUGGCGGGGACCGGGGCUUAGGCCCCAGCUGACACACCUGACCGAUGAACGCAGAACCCUGCAGAUGAGGACAAGUCUACAGGCCUUAGAUGGAGGGUGGCGGGGACCCCAGUGGCCCGCCUUGUGCCCAUCCUCACGCAGCCACGCAGGGACCUGUGAGGGUCCUCCAAGGACUCACGGAGGAAGCCCCUCCCCUCAGGGGGCACUGGAGGCUCCGAGCCCCCCGCAGCCCCCCUUGGUGCCUGUGGCCCCCACUCCAGGCAAACAUAACGACACCCUCCUGGCCCCCGCCCGCCAGUGCGGCCAGAUGAGCAUGGCCCACCCUUGGUGGCCCCAUGGCUCAGCCCUGUGGCUCAGCCUGGGCCAGCAGCCCACCCUGCCGGGCCGAGUGCCGGGUCGUCCCCACAGUCACAGGGCGCUCAGGUCCCACUGGAGGGCAGAGGCUGGUAAUAAACUCGGUCAUUUUCAUUUUAGA